AUGGCUUACCUGAGCAUCGUCGCUGUUUCAAUUGCAGUAACCACUGCCUACGCCUUGCCCACCAAGGACAAUACACAGGCUUCAAGCUUGAUUGUUCCAAAGACAGCAGUAGGGGCUUCAAUUCCUCACACAAAUUCUUUUGCUUCAUUUUCCUUCGAGCCUGCUUUCUGGGUCGACUUUUUCGGAAAUGCUAGCAAUCCGAACCAGCUUACAUUCAAGGCACUGGUCAGAAUCCAUGAGCAUGGAGGGCAUCCAGUCAUACGUCCUGGCGGCAUCACCAUGGACAGUAUGAUAUUUGAUCCAAACGGGGGCGACGUGGUGCGUACGACUAGCCCAACUGGUGGAGUCUGGCGGACGACUGUUGGACCCGGAUACUUCAAGAGCUGGUCCAAUUUCCCCGAAGGAACAAAAUUCGUAGCUACGCUCAACUUUGGCAACGAAAGUCUAGACAUCGCCACGGGUCUGGCUGUCGCCUCAUUGACAUAUCAACCCGACAAGGUCGCCUACCUCGAACUCGGCAACGAACCCACAAACUACGACAGGAACCGAUGGAAUCUUUCCACCCAAGCCUACGUGAAGCAAUGGAAGGAAUACACCGCAAGCAUCGACACCGCCGUAAACAAGCUCAACACCUCCGCCCUCCCCCAAGCCCGCUGGUGGGCCUCGUCAGCCACAACCGACAACUCAGGCCUCGAAGUCCGCCCCGCAGCCCUCAUCCCAGCAGGCAUAAACUCAGCCCACCAAGUCGACACCUACUCGAUCCACUCAUACGCCUUCUCGACCUGCGACCCCGCCCGCGCCCGCCUCGCCACCAUCAAAAACAUCCUCAACCACACCGAGCUCGCCCGCUACUGCGACUCGGAAAUCUACCCGUCUGCCCUCGCCGCCCUGACCGCAAACAGCAGCUGGAGCAUCGGCGAAUUCAACUCGGUUUCUUGCUCCGGCGCACCCAACGUCACCGAUACCUUCGCCCAGGCCCUCUGGGUCGUAGACUCUGAACUGCUAUAUGCAACGAGGAACGCGACUUCGACGUUCUUGCACCAGGGCGCGACGCUCGCGCUGCAGUCAAAUGAACAGGUUAAUACGCCCGGCAAAAAUGGGAGUCCGGGGUUUAGUACGUAUUCGAUGCUUUAUCCGCGCGAUAGCGAGCUCAGGGGGCCUGCGCGCACGCUGCCGUCGUUCCUGGCUCAACUCUUCAUGGCAGAGGCGUUUGCAGUGGCUGGGACGAGAGUUAGAGCUUUGCAAGCGCCUGAGGGCGUGGACGCGGAGAGGUUUGCCGCGUAUGCGUUUUAUGUGGCUGAUAGGGUGGCCAAAGUUGCGCUGGUGAAUAUGAAUCCCUUCCACGCUAAUUCUACGGUGGAUUUUACCGUCGAGGUUGGGUUGGGGGCGUUGCGGGACGAGCGGGACGAGGGCGUGGUCAGGGUCAAGAGGAUGACGGCGCCGUUUGUGGAUAGUAAAGAUAGUAAGGUUACGAUGUGGGCGGGGCAGUCGUUUCCGCAGGGAGAUGCGGUGGGGGAGAUGGAUAUUGAGGUUGUGGAGGAUGGAGUGGUUAGUGUGAGGGGGAGUGAGGCCGUGUUGGUAUUUUUUGAUGAGGAUGUGUAUGGGGUGUAG